AUGGGGUAUGCAAGUCUCUACACGGUCACAUUUGUAGCCUUCGUGACGGUUCUAUGUGGCGUAACAAAAGCGCAGCCGAGUAGUUCAUGCGUGACUACACUCACCACUCUCUCUCCGUGCCUCGCUUACAUCACCGGAAACUCAACCACUCCUACACAAACUUGCUGCUCUCAGCUCGACUCUGUCAUCAAAUCUUCGCCGCAAUGCAUCUGCUCUGCCGUCAACAGUCCGAUCCCAAACAUCGGCCUUAACAUUAACCGCACACAGGCCUUGCAGCUCCCUAACGCCUGCAACAUUCAGGCCCCUCCCCUUACACAAUGCAACGCGGCCACUGGACCGACCACAGGGCCAACAGCACCAGCGCAGUCUCCAGCGGCGGAGGAGACCCCAGGUGUGGCAGUGGCACUAACCCCAACUUCAUCGCCGGGUGCUCGUUCAGGUGUCGGAGGUGGUUCCAAGACCGUUCCCUCCACAGGGGCUGGCUCAUCAUCUGGGAGCGUACAAUACGUGCCACUGCGUUUGCUUAUGUGUGCUAUAUUUGUUGUCUUGGCCUCAUCUCUUCUUAAACAAUUCUGA